AUGAGUUGUCGUGCAUCCCAAGGCUGGUUGUCGUUGCUGGUGGCUGAAGACAGUUGGAGUAGCGGUGACUGCUGGUGGCUGCUGAGUGAGUACCGAGAGGAAGUUGGUGGUCUGCCUUAUGUCCAAUAUGUUGAAAAAUGGAAGCAGAAUGGAGGAGUGUUAUGCCGGACUCCUUUUAAAAAGGAAGGCCGAUAUGUCAAGUCUUCAAGAAAUGAAGCUACGACUUCGUUGGUGAAAGAUGUGACUCCUUUGAGGAAAAAACCAAGGAUCCCUUAUGCUGAGAAGACUCAAGUAAGAGAUGUUCCGUCGCCAUCAGCAAGGUUUAAACAUCUUGUUGGUGCAUAUAGUAAGAAGAUUGACGAUAUACGUAAUGUUCAGGAUGUUCCACUUGAGUCUCCUACAAACAAGCUUGGAGACUGUGAUUUGCAAGGGGUCUGCUUGCCGAGAAGUAAAAAGAUGUUGGUAUUCCUCUCUGAAGUUCUAGUCAUCUGCACAGUCAAGGGAUGGAGAUCGAACUGGGAGGUGUGCUCAUUCGUUCAACUAUCGCGAUCCAGCUGUUAA